UGCGUCCUCACGAGCCGUUAUCCUGUGGACAUCCGCAUCCCACUUGACCCUGACGUCGUCGUCAUGCAUGAGGCCCAGCUCUUAGAGUGCAGGGGAUAUGGGCUUCCUGUUUGCAGUCUUUACAACAACGCCACGUGGAGCCUAUGUGUGAGGCCCAUUGAUUACGAUGGCUGCUGCUAAGUGUGAUGGCGAGCUUGUCUUGAAAAGAUGAGGACCCCCGAGUGUGCCGACUAUCUCCAUACCACAGCACUCGCCAUUUCCAGGUACGCGCCGUCUUCUAUUGCCCUUCCCGGUGCCUUGUAGUAGGCACCAUCUUCGUUUGUCUGUUUCUCUCACCUCUUUAGUUUUCUGUGAUGACGAACUGACAGAAACGCUUCACCAUGCCGUCAAGCUGCUCUAGCUUAUCAUCUUUUGCAUCAACCCUUGACAGCUUUGAUUAUCACAAACCUGCUGUCAGCACUUCUCAUCCUAGGCGUGGUUGCGGGUCCGUCUGGAUUUUGGAACAGGAUUCUUUGAAAGACAUGCCAGCCAAUAUCCAGGUCAUGCAGGCCACUGGGUGUACGAACGCCGAAGCGGUCAGGUUACUGGAGAAAACAAAUGGCAACAUCCACAAAGCCGUUGCCUGUCUGCCCGGUAAAGACGAAUGGGACUUCAACCUUCCUCGAGUAAAGGUACCCGAAAAAUCCAGCAGCGCCAUGGACUAUGAGGAUGGCUUCUCCACCCGCUAUCGCACGAAUUUGCGGGGUUAUGAAUUUACCUCUUCCGAAAGUAACGGGCACGAUACCGACGACCUUAGCCUAGAUAAGCUGGUUGCCGAUGUUCAACGUGGCGUAUCCUGUACGGUGAUUCGCAGUCAACUUACACGCUUUCGGGAGCGAAUGGGGCCCGACAAGACUUGCCAACUGUUGAACGGUCUGGUUAAAGGAUUUCCUGGAUUGUUCUACGUUGUCCAGAGUCGGAAUGUUGAGAUGGUGAAAAUGUGGGCAGAGUACGGAGGCGACGUCAACACUACAUAUGGAAAAAGUAAGUUUCCCCUCAUUGCCUACGCUAUCGUCCUCGGAACGUCGUAUGCAACGGACACGACGGCGCUUCUCAAAGCACUUUUAAGUGCUGGCGCAUCUGUGGCUUGCAUUCCCGAAGCCUUCCACACGCCUCUCUCGCGAGACCUUAUGGAUGAUGGUCCUCCGAUUGAAGAGUCUGGUGAAAUAGCUGGUGAACAUCAGAAAUGGUGUAGCCCCUAUGUGCGGAAGCGACUGACGGAUACUCUGAACUUCCGCUUUGAACAACGAUACUUUCUUCAUCGCGCCGCUCUUCUGGGGCGUUUGUCAGGUGCAAAAAACCAGGUAGCCAAGUUACACAAAGCUGGGAAUCUACUGGGUAUCUACUACAACCUCAUAGGUCAAACAGCCGCAAUUACCCAUGUCAUCGAUCACUUCAUCAGUCACCUUGCGCUCCAAAGGCAGAAACAGGAGCAGAAGCAGGAGCAGAAAUCGAAACCGAUGGUCCUUCUAUUUGCCGGGCCCAGCGGACACGGCAAAACUGAGUUUGCUCGCAGUCUUGGAAAACUUACCUCUAGAGACUUGGAAACGGUCGAUUGCACCAGUAUACGAUAUGAGACAGAUCUCUGGGGUCCUUUUCACCCAUUCCAAGGGUGGGAAAACGGCUCUGCCCUCAGCAACUUUCUGGAGAACCACGCCUCCCAGGAGUGUAUUGCCUUUCUGGACGAGUUUGAAAAGACAAAAGAAGAAGUACGGGAGUCGCUCCUCAAACCCUUCGAUGAAGGCAUCCUUCCCAGCCGCAAAAACCCUAAAGUAAAAGUUGACUGUUCGAGAACCAUAUGGAUCCUCGCAACAAACGCGUUUGACAAUAUAAUCCAUGACUUCUGCAAGAGGCACGCAAGUGACCUGUUUUCGGACAAUCCAGGAGAAAAGGGAAAGAAGCUUAUCAGAAAUCUCUCGAAGAUGAUACAGAAAGAGAGCAUAGAGAAACUUGGAGCACCACUUUCUGGACGCAUUUCCGAAUUUGUCCCGUUUCUGACCUUCUCACCUUGCGAGCAAGCUGCAAUGGCGGACAGGCUCCUCGCGGAUUUCGGUUGUAAGAUAAUUCAACCAGUCAAGGAGAGCACUGUACCAAGCCAGGCUCGGCUGGUGGGGGACUUAAAUGUCCAAGUUCGACGCAGCUACUCGGUUUGCAGAGUGUUGGUGACGGACGGCUACAUUCCGGAGCUGGGGGCACGGAGCAUUGCCAAUACGGUUAACCGGGACAUCAGCCUUCCUGUGGUGAACGAUUAUCUUGACAAGAGAGAGCGGCUUCAUGAGAACCAGGGGAGAUGUACAUAUGUCGUUGGCGUGAACGAGGAUGAUAUGAUUGAUGUGUCGGAGGCGCCGAGGAAUUGAAGGACAU